CACGGUUCCUUAUACUCGUAGUGACUGAAAUGUAAGCUCAUCGUGCAGGUGUAAAAUUAAAAAUCUUUACAAUGGCAUCAGCGCUUAAUUGUUGGAUAAUUUGCAGCGCGAUGCUACUGCUCCAAUCAGGAGGUUUAUUCAGUGAGAAAUUGAGAACACUUAAAGUGAGUGAUUGGUGGGGGAAGGCUGGAUUCUAUCAAAUCUAUCCUCGUUCCUUCAAAGACAGCAACGGUGAUGGAGUUGGGGAUUUGAACGGAAUCACCGAGAAGUUACCAUAUCUCAAAUCGAUCGGCGUCAAAGCGUUCUGGCUGUCUCCAAUCUAUAAAAGUCCGAUGGCAGAUUUUGGUUACGACAUCUCCGAUUUCCGCGACAUUCAGCCAGAGUACGGUACGAUGACAGAUUUCGAUCGGAUGGUAACGAGGGCGAAAGCGCUGGGACUGAAGAUCAUUUUAGAUUUUGUGCCUAAUCACUCCAGCGAUGAGCAUGAAUGGUUCCUGAAAAGUGAGAAUCGUACGGCGGGCUAUGAGGAUUACUAUGUAUGGCACGAUGGGAUUCCCGGAAAUAACCCUUUGCAAAACGAUCCGCCAAAUAACUGGGUUGAGAAUUUUCGCGGCAGUGCGUGGAGAUGGAGUGCCAAACGCAAGCAAUACUAUUUGCAUCAGUUCCACUACAAACAACCGGAUUUGAACUACCGAAAUGAGAAAGUUGUGAACGAAAUGAAGGACGUGUUACGAUUUUGGUUGGGCAAAGGAGUGGACGGAUUUCGCGUGGAUGCUGUCCCGUGGCUGUUUGAAGUUGCCGACUUCCGGAACGAGCCCGUUUCGAAUCUUACCAGCAAUCCCCUCAGCCCGGAAUAUCUCGUUCAUAUCUACACGCAGGAUUUGCCCGAAACGGUCGACAUGGUGUAUCAGUGGCGUGAAGUAAUGGAUGAUUAUAAAACCAAAAACGGUGGUGAUACGAGGUUGUUGAUGACAGAGGCGUGGUCCAAUUUGUCCGUUGUUGCAAAUUAUUUCCAGGACAGCAACAAAAAGCAGGGCUCUCAUAUGCCAUUCAACUUUCAACUUAUUUUGCGUUUGAAUCAAAUGUCCAAAGCAGCUGAUUUCAAAACUGUCAUUGACUCUUGGUUGGACAUUGUACCUGGUGGACAUACGCCAAAUUGGGUGCUAGGUAAUCAUGACAGACGACGGGUGGCUUCUCGAAUGGGAGGAGAACAUAUGGUCGAUUUAAUGGCAAUGGUAGAAUUAACAAUGCCAGGCGUGUCCGUAACUUAUCAGGGAGAGGAGCUUGGAAUGACUGACGCUAAUCUAUCUUGGGAACAGACUAAGGAUCCUGCAGCUUGUCAAACUAGUGAGGCAGAGUAUACGAAAUAUACCCGGGACCCUUCGAGAACGCCAUUCCAUUGGGGCAACAGCUCACUUGCUGGUUUCACAAACGGCACUAAAACUUGGUUACCAGUGGCAGCGAACUAUCAAACUGUCAAUGUACAAGCUGAGCAAACAGCCAGCAAGAGUCAUCUCAAGGUGUUCCAAGAGCUUAUGAAAUUACGAGAUUCGUCAGAUUUCUACGAAAACCAAUAUGGAACAGUCGUUCUUGGUACCAAUGUUUUGGCUAUAGUACGUGUGGAUUGUAAGGGAGUUUAUGUGACCUUAUUGAAUAUAGCAAAUGCAACUGAGACUAUAAACGCAGAGGAAGCGAUUACACGGCUCAAUAUCACCAAAACAUAUGAAAAAUCGCGGGUUCUAGUGGCCAGCGUUUCAUCGAAGCGCUCCAUAGGUGAUACCCUGCAGUUGCAUGAAGUAGUCUUACAACCAUACGAAGGAUUAGUACUCAGAAGUGGUGCAACACUUUUGUUUGCUAGAGUACUAUAUAUACUUGCAACGAUAACCAUACAGAGACUUUUCAGCUAAUCGGAGUACUAAAACCUGUAUAUAGUUUUAGGAGCGCAUAAAAAUCAAGAAAAUAAUAUAUACUUAAAUUAUCUCAGA